UCCAAUAAUGAAAGAAUAAUAAAUAAUUUGAGGAAUCCUCAAAAAGAAAAAUGAUAAUAAGAAAAAGAAAAAAAUUAGGGAGGUAAAGAUUAAACGACACGAUGCUAAAAUCAUGAGGACAUUGUUGUGGGGACAUAGGAACCAGAGAAUCUAAACCCAACCCGAAUUUGGGGAAAAGGGGUAAGAAUUCUUGGUCAUUAAGUAAAUUUUAACUUCUUGGUGGAUUGCUUUGAAAACAUUUAUGCCCUUCUAUUUUAUUGCAGUUAUACCCCUCAACAAUAAAUAUUUAUUAUAUCGAUUAAAGAAAAAAAAGAAAAUGAAAAUUGAAACAGCGUUAUUGCUACGCCAAGUUGUUGUAUAAAGGAAGAAAAUUCUAGAAGCUGUGGGUCUUCUGCCGUUUGAUAUUUUCUUGAGAGGGUCGUCUCUGUCAUUACCCAUUUUUCAAGCUUCGAUUAUCUCAAACCAAGGAAAUUUCUCCCACAGCCUUGCGUUUCCUUAAGACUCAGCUGCGUCUGUGUAUAAUGGCGUCGAAACGGAUCUUGAAGGAGCUCAAGGAUUUGCAGAAAGAUCCUCCUACCUCUUGCAGCGCCGGUCCUGUGGCUGAGGACAUGUUUCAUUGGCAAGCAACUAUUAUGGGGCCAGCCGAUAGUCCAUAUGCCGGAGGUGUAUUCCUUGUUUCAAUUCAUUUUCCUCCGGAUUAUCCCUUCAAGCCUCCAAAGGUUGCAUUCAGGACAAAGGUAUUCCAUCCAAACAUCAACAGCAAUGGAAGCAUAUGUUUAGAUAUUCUCAAAGAGCAAUGGAGUCCUGCAUUAACUAUUUCCAAGGUGCUCCUCUCUAUAUGCUCUCUGUUGACUGACCCCAACCCAGACGACCCUCUUGUGCCCGAAAUCGCUCACAUGUACAAGACUGACAGAGCCAAGUACGAAGCCACAGCUCGCAGCUGGACACAGAAGUAUGCAAUGGGAUGAUGAUUCAAGGUGAAAGAAGUCUCAGCAUUUGUAGAAGACCCACAAAUGCAUCAUGGUUUCCAUCUCCUUUUUAGGUCUUUAAGGAAGAGGAAAUAUUGGAAGUGUAUUUUCAUUUUCUGUUUUCUUCUUUUCUUUUAUCUCUUUCUUCAGUUGAAAUCGGCAAGGAACUUGGAUAUCUUUUUUGUGAAUAUCAUUUUCAGAUAUUGGAGAUGGAAAACAAAACAAAACAAAAAAAAAAACCAAAAAAAUUGUAUUGUAUCGUUACUAAUGUUCUUCUUGUCAACUGAAUGGUCUUGUUGAUGUGUAACUCUUAAAUGUUUAAGAAAUAAUCCUUUGUGGGACUA